AUGGGUUCGCUUGGUAGCUUCCUCUUUGUUUACGCCCUCGGUGGAAUCACCUUCAUUCCUCUCGUUCUAUCCUUGAUCCUUCUGUACGCCUACUUCACAUUUCCAACUGUCCCGCAAGCGCGGCAAUCAUGCGCCAAAGCGACCGAUCCGAUCCGCCAGCCUACCGAUGACGACUAUAGUCUCAAAUCCGGCACCGACCAGCUGGCUGAGAAAUUCCACCGCACUCACGAAUCCGAUGUCGCUGCGGGAUAUUUUGCUGUCUGUCGUGAAUAUGUUCCCGGGGGCGUGAAUGGGAAACCGCCGGAGAGGACGACGCCCGCGGGAGAGGUCGUCGCGACUGAAAGUCCCAGCGUCUAUCAGGCUAUGUACCGGAGUUUGUUCGAUCGAAAGCAGACGCCUAGUAUUGAGCCAGCGAAGUCGAAUGGAAAGACCACUAAGCGGGCACGGAACGUCUUUUACAUUGUUCUGCGACACGGUCACUUGAUGCUCUAUGACGAUGAAAAUCAAGUUGAAGUUCGUUAUGUCAUUUCUCUCGCUCACCAUGAUGUGACAAUAUAUGGCGGAGAAGGGGAGAUCCCAGAAGGAGAGCUGUGGCUCAAGAGAAAUGCCAUUUGCCUCUCGCGGCGACUGGAUUCGCUUGGUGACCUGGGAGGCCCGACUCCGCCGUUUUACCUCUUCUCUGAGAAUCUGUCUGAGAAAGAGGAUUUCUAUAUCGCCAUGCUGCGGAACCAGAAUAGGCUGUGGGACUCAGCUGAUCGCCCGCCCAAGCACCAGGAAUUUGAUAUCAAGCAUAUUGUCACGUUAGUUCAGAGACUGCAUUCCUCUGAAGAGCAAUUGCAGACACGCUGGAUCAAUGCUUUCCUUGGGAGAUUGUUCCUUGCGCUAUACCGGACACCUGAAUUGGAGGAGUUUGUGCGCAGCAAGAUCGUCAAGAAGAUCUCUCGUGUCAACAAACCCAACUUCAUCAGCAAGGUGGGCUUGCAGCGAAUCGAUAUGGGCGAAGGGGCGCCAUUCAUCACCAAUCCAAGAUUGAAAGACCUGACUGUCGAUGGAAACUGCUGCGUAGAGGCAGAUCUCCAAUACACUGGGAAUUUCCGACUCGAAAUCUCAGCCACCGUGCGCAUUGACUUGGGUCCUCGAUUCAAGGCCAGGGAAGUCGACAUUGUCCUUGCAGUUGUAUUGAAGAAGCUAGAAGGCCACUUGUUAGUACGCUUCAAGCCUCCACCCAGUAAUCGAAUCUGGAUGUCCUUCGAAACAAUGCCCAAGAUGGAGAUGGACAUUGAGCCUAUUGUCAGCUCCAAACAAAUUACAUACAGUCUCAUUCUGCGCACGAUUGAAAGCAAGAUCCGCGAGGUGGUGGCAGAGAGCAUUGUCCUGCCUUUCUGGGACGAUGUCCCAUUCCAUGAUACUUUGGGACAGGCUUUCCGUGGUGGGAUCUGGCAGCGGGACGCUCCAGACUCGAGUGACCAGGUAGAGAUACCCGAUGAAUCUGGUGAAGCCCCGGCGACCCCGAAGAGUGUCGGUGGCGAUCCCAUUGAAAUCCUCAAGUCCAAGGACGAUCGCACCAUGAGCAUGCCUACCCUUUCCGAGUCAGCAACGGCCAAGAAAAAGCCACGCAAAGGCCCGAAAUCGUCUCUCUCAGACCUGCAAACAAAUAGCUCAGCUGCAAUUUCCACUGGCAUUGAGAGGCCAGAAAGCACGCCAUUGCCUCGAGCAAUCCGGUCGCAGACGUUCUCUAAUGCUGCAGACCCUGUGGUCACAGCAGAUAAUGCCAAAGUUGACAAAGUCGUCACUGAGAACAAAGGAGACGAAAAGAGCCAUGCAACCAGCGCCAUGAUCGAGAUAUCAAUCCGCUCCCCACCCACAUCACCUAACCGAACCCCGAGUAGCUCGCCACCCACAGGUGGCAUCACAGUGCCAGAAAGUGUGGUCCAUAGUCGCGAGUCAUCGAUUGCAGAGUGUAUUGACAGCGCUAACUUCCGAAAUGACAAUGGCAUCCAAAGACCUUCUGCUACUCGACUGGAGAGCAACUCCUUCUCCAGCAUGAGGAGCUCUCGGGGUAGUUCUACUACUUCGCUCAUCAGCGACAAGGCUCGCCGACGUAGCACGAUUGAAACCAUCACCAAAUCUUUCACUAGCACAUCAUCCGAUGACAAGCCUUCUGGUUCUAUGACGAUCGGGUCAGCCACUGCUGCCGCAAAAAAAUGGGGUUGGAGUGUGUUCGGCAAAGGUGAUAUGAACAUGGGCCAAGAAUCCUUGCAGGCUCCUGCUGGCACACUUGACCAGCCCAUUGGGCGUGGGCAUCCUCAUCCACCGCCCGGAACUCCGUUACCUCGCCCCGACAAGUAUGCCUUGAAGAGAAACCCCACAAGCUUGCCCAAGCGGAAACCCGUGGGGACACACACAGAGUCUGAACGCCCAAAGACGGGAGACUCACAAGCACCACCAUCACCUUUACCUCGCAGAAAACCAAUGCGUCCUGGGGUGCACACUAAUGAAAGCACCGAUGAACUGCUUGUGGUGGAGGCACCCCAAGACUCUGAGCCCAACAGUCCGGCCCCUGGUGACCUGGACUCGGACCAGGGUCUGAAGAAAUCGACUCCUGUUGAGAGUGAGACUUCUUCAAAGACUGAGAAGUCCUCACUCGACCACGAGGAGAAAGAGGAGGCCUCUGAAGAGGCUUCCGAUGUGGAACCCAUAGGCUCUGUUGAUCAGACGCCUUCAACUCUAGGCAGCAACGAGGCCCUGCUAUCUGAAAGACUGGAAGUGCCUGCAUCGUAA